GUCCUCUGCCGGGUGCGCCCGGCGCUGCCGCGGGAGCUGGGCGAGGGCGGGAGGUUCGUCGGCGCGGUCGCAGCGCAGCCAGCGCAGGGGCGAGUCCUGGUGUCGGUGGAAGACAAGCCCACGCUCGUGGACGGGCGCCUGGGGCUCGAAGAGCUUCCCGACCACGUCCGCGGCUUCCAGCUGGACGCUGUCCUGGACGGGACCGCAAGCCAGGGCGAGGUGGUGCAGGCGCUUGACCUCCAGCAGGGCGCGGAGUCUGUCCUCGCCGGCGUCAACUGCACCGUGCUCGCCUACGGCAUGACUGGCUCCGGCAAGACCCACACGAUGGGAACAUCGGGGGGGCGCGACGGCGUCAUCCCAAGAGCAGCCGAUACCCUGUUCCAGCUGAGUGGCCAGGCCGACGUGGCGGCCUCAUACGUGCAGCUCUACGGGAACAGAAUCACUGAUCUAUUGGUCAGCGAGGGUGCUCCCCUCGUGCUGCGGGAGGCAGACGGCAGGUUUCAGGUGCAGGGGGCGGCUCACAGAGCGGUGCGCUCCACGGACGAUGUCUGCAGGCUGCUUGCCGAGGGAGCAGCGAGGAGAGCAGUUGGGUCCACGAAUUUGAACGCUGUGUCCUCGCGCUCGCACGCAGUCUUCACACUUCACGUGCUCAACGAGGACGAGGACCACGUAUCUGAAGCACACUGGACGUUUGCAGACCUUGCAGGGUCCGAGCGGGUCAAAGAGUCGGGCGUAUCGGGCGCAGCACUAGCAGAGGCCUGCAGCAUCAACAGUUCGCUCAAUGCCUUGGUGAACGUGGUCCGUGCGCUGCGAGAGGGCAGCAAGGCGGUGCCGUAUCGUGACAACAGGUUGACGAUGUUGUUGAGGGAAGCUCUCGGGGGCAACAGCGCCACGUGGCUGCUCGCCACCGUGUCGCCGGCCCAGGUGCACGGCCGAGAGUCCGCGAACACCCUGGCAUUCGCAGUGGCGUGUUCGUCUAUCAGCAACGCGGUGGCCGCGAACAGAAGCAAGCGGCACGCGCCGUGGAGGGAGCCCCCCAAGGCGAGGAAGGAGAGGCCCGCUCCCCUGCAUCUCCCGUGGGCGUCCGCGGAGUUCCCGCGCGGGGACGUGAGGUUGGUGGCCGCAGGUCUCCGCCAGGUAGCCGUGACGGUCUAUGGUGAGGGCCGCCCCGCUGUGCUGUUGCACGGGUACCCGUCUGAUGCGAGUUCCUGGCGCUGGCUUGUUCCCGCACUUCUCCACGCUGGCUAUCAGGCUAUAGCCGUCGACAUGCCUGGCUGCGGGCACUCGCCAGGACCAGAGCUGAAGACACACAGCCGCUUCAACGCGGAGGCGGGCGGCGCGUGCGAGGUGGUGCUCGGGACCAUGGACGCGCUGGGGCUGGGGCGCGCCACCUUGGUCGGCUACGACUGGGGCGGCGGGGUCGCGCUGAGCCUGGCCCUUGGAUGGAGGUCGCGUUGCGAGCGCGUCGUCGCGUUCCACCCGAGUUUCAAUGCCGCCCCUGGGCAGGAGCUUGCGACGGUCUGCACCCCGCUGCUGGUGGUGUGGGUCAAGGAGGACCAGUUCCACCCGCUCGCCGCCUGGAAGAAGGUGGCGUCGGGCCUCGCGGCCAAGGCGUACACGCUGGAGGUAUUCAGCGUGGGCGUAAACCGGGGAGAGGGCAGCUAUGGCACCCACCCAGUCGUCGGUGGCCCCAUCCAGGCGAGGAUCGCGAGGUUCUUGGGCUGGGUGGACCCGAGCGCCGAGGGCGUUGAACUGAAGCGGCGGCUGGAGCGCGAUGCACAAACCACUGGCGGCGCCCGCGUGGUCGAGCAGCGGAACGUUGUCCUGGCCGAGGAUAUGCAGGAUGCGGCAAUAGCUCGCUCGCUCACAGAGAGUGUCAGCGCCGAGGCGGCUGCCGUGCUCCGGCUGCGCGAGGCAGCGGCGGAAGGGCGGCUGGCAGAUCUGUACGCUGCGGCGCCUUCGGGGCUCUUCAGCGCGCUGCCGGAGCUGUCGCCGAGCCGGCUCGCCGCGGACAUGGAGGUGCUCUUGUGGUGCGGCCUCUGGGCGGCGCUUCCCAAGGGCUGGGACGCCAUGUCUCGCUCUCCGAGGUACUUCCCCGGCCGACGCGUGCUCGUGCGUGCUCCCGUCUGUGCAAGGCCAGCCUCUGAUGCGUACAUGGCUUGGGACAGCGACGGGGCGGUGCUCACCACGCACAGGGCUACCAUCUCGGCUCUGGGGGAGGCGGCAGAGGUGGCGGUCGAGCUCCACGGGGGUGGGUCGCACGUCAUGGGAGCUGCGCGCCAAGGCCUGGAGGCGUUGAACCAGCCGCACAAAUUCAAAGAGGUGCGGGAGGGUAUCUGCUGCUUCGAGGACGGCAUCCGGUGUAAUUACAACUCUCCGCUGACAAAGGCAAAGAUGUGCGAGGCGGCGCUCCUAUUGGCACCCCUGGUCGCCCAGCUUGACUUCGAGGAAGACCCGCGCGUGGCAGAGGAACUGCAGUUGGAGUGCAUCCGCCGCCUGCGUUCCUGCCUCGGCAUCGUUUCCUUCCAGCGCGGGCUCGACCGGGGCCGGGCGUGCGCGAUGGCAGACGACGCAGCUCGCUUAGCGGUGCACGGUCAGGGCCAUUGCCACACAGUGUCCUCGGUGAUGUGCGCGUUCCUGUACCCGUGGGCUCCCGUGCUGGGGCUGGACCUGUGCUAUCGCGGUGGCUUCUCGUUCAGGGGCGUGAACCCCGACGACAGCAUCUCCUCCGACGUUGUGGUGGCUGAUCGACCAGAGCGGCAUCAGUGGUUGGAGGUGUCCCUGCGACCGAGCAUGCGGCGCUUCGUCGUGGACCUCUGGGUGCAGGAUGGGCCCAUGGGCGAAGGCGCCCUGCGCUGGGACGCCGAAGAAGCCUACCAGCACAGGAUGUACCCUCACGGGCAACUCUGCUUAGGCCAGACGACCGAGAGGGCGGUGCCGACAGAUUGGGCGGCCGUGCCUUAG